CAUUUGGUCAAGGAGGAAGCUUCUCCAAUUAUCCAGGAGCACAUCCCUGGACUUCUCUGCGCUCUUCUGCCUCCAGAUCCAUACGCAUUGAUUCUAAGCGAGCCGGGAUCGAUGCGGACGACUCCAAAAUCCCGCAUGUGCAUAACUCAUGCGGGAUGGUGUGUAUUUGCGCAAAUAAAUCAAACAACGGGAAAAGGAAAAACAUCUUUUCCAUCCGCAAUAUGAAGGAAAUAAGAUGGGGGUUUAGGUGUGUCUAUGGCAAUCUGUUCCCAUCUCACCUUUUUAUUGUCUUCAUUUGUUUUUACAAGAGAAUAUAACUUUCCUAGGUUGGUUUUAAAUGUGCUCUAUAAAUAAAUUGACUUGACUUGAUAUGUAAAAAAACGAUCAUUCGAUUCGAUAGGCAUGCUGGUCCUCCUCAGCCCCCUACCAGAUGUGUCUAAUGAGUGGGCCGCCUUCACACCACACACGCCCCGCUUUACACCUGCACCUGUCGGGUGUUAACUGGAAAUAAUCGACGCGUUUGGGGAGAGAGAUGGUGGUGGCGGCUCGGUUCAGCACGCUGGACAGCGCUCGUGGAAGUUGGAGAGGACGGCCGCGCGCGGACACCCUAGGAUUUAAAGAAUAGGAUUUUGUGGGAGCUGCUGGAGAGAUGAGCGACGGUUGACCAUGGUUGACUGUAAGUGCUUAUUACCGACCACAGGCGCAGGUACCCCGAGGGCGGACUUUCUGGAGUGAGACAUGGACUUUGCUGAAAUUUUCUUCGCUUUGUUCAUCAUCGUGGUCGCGGUCGUCUCGCUGUUGUCCAACUUGUUGGUGCUGCUAUGUUUCAUCCACAGCAGCGAGAUACGCCGCCAAGUGCCCGGUGUUUUUACCAUGAACUUGUCCUUCUGCAACAUCCUCAUCACUGUGUUGAACAUGCCGGCCACUUUGGUGGGAAUUAUCAGAGACCAGCAGCCUUUCGGGGAUUGCAUUUGCCACACGGUGAGCUUUCUGGAGACUUUUCUGACCGCCAACACCAUGUUGAGCAUGGCAGCUCUCAGCAUAGACCGCUGGAUUGCGGUGGUUUUCCCGCUCAGCUACUCCACUAAAAUGCGCUACAAGGACGCGCUGAUCAUGGUGUGCUACUCCUGGCUGCACUCCUUCACCUUCUCCCUGACGGCGCUGCUCUUCUCCUGGGUCGACUACAACCACGUUUACGCGUCCUGCACCUUGCAGCCGAGCGGGGAAGGCAGCGAGAGGAUUAAGUUUACAAUCUUCACUGUUGUUUUCCACGCCACCAGUUUCAUGCUCUCCCUGCUCAUAUUGUGUUUCACCUACUUAAAGGUGUUGAAAGUCGCCAGGUUUCACUGCAAGAGGAUCGACAUUAUCACCAUGCAGACUCUUUUCCUUCUGGUCGACAUUCACCCAAGCGUGAAACAGAGAUGUUUAGCAGAGCAAAAGAGGAGAAAGCAGAGAGCCACAAAGAAGAUCAGCAUCUUCAUCGGCUCAUUCAUCAUCUGCUUUGCUCCUUAUGUAUUUACAAGGUUGGCCGAGCUUCUGCCCUUUGUGGACAUCAACCGCCGCUGGGGGAUCAUCAGUAAGUGCCUGACAUACAGCAAGGCUGCAUCUGACCCCUUUGCCUAUUCCCUCCUACGUCAGCAGUACAAGAAAGUGCUGGUUACUGUCGUCAACAGGCUACUCCGCCGCGACCUCUACCCCUCAUCUGGCCACAACAGCUCUGUAGACACAGAGAACGACUACUGUCUCCAGAGGAUCAGCUAAUGGCAGACGCGGACAUGACAGACACACACUGCAGGCCAAAGAUAAAGGUUGUCUCUUGGAAGAAGUUGUGUGGAGGAAACGAAUGAGGAAAGUAACAGAGAGGGCAGAACGCUGUUAGGAAAGGGAAAAGAGAGCCGAGGAGGGGACAGAUUGUGGGUGGGGGGCGAAGAGAGAGAGCAAAAAUAAGGAAAAUAGUGGGUGGCGAAGAUUGAGAAGAGAGUAAUGAGGGGGAGGAUGAAGGUGGCGGAGUGGAAAACAGAUAGGGAGCGGCGGAGGUGAUGUGGAGACGGCCUCAGAAAGUAUUGGUAAACAAGACAGCUGUGAUUCAUCGGUGGCAGCAAAACUCACUAUACCACACAGAGGCACACACACCCCACCGCUGGUUCUCUUUGAGCGACAUGUAUAAAGUGGCCUUUUGUACUGUACCGACCACUUUGUAAUGAUUUUGGCAAAUCCACAUGUCCUCUGCCACAAAACGCAGGGAAAAAGCAAGAAGCUGAAGGUCAAUAGGUGCUGGAGUGAACAUAUGAAAAGAGUAAAGACUAUGUUGCUCUUGCUUCUGGGUAAUGUAUUCUUAGGUGUGGAGACCCAACUGCUGCACAUUAUUGCUAUGUUCUAUAUUGACCAUGUUAGACUGUCAGUCACUGAAUAUUGAUGCACUAUGUCUAAUUCUCUCAGAGCUUCUGUAGGUACAGGAGCCAAAGGCAAAUAACAAUCACACUAUGAUAUUAAAUGCUACGACCGGGGAUAACUAUAUUUUUGUUAUUGUCAACAAGGGCCAUGUGAAGACCAAAAUCAACAAGGAGUUACAUUUUUUCAGAGCCUUUUUUAAUUUUUAGUUUAUAGCACUUUUGCCUUUAUUUGAGAGACAUGACAUGCAACACAUGUCUUCUGUCAGAUCAAACUGGCAAUCAAACAUUGUGCUUUUAACGUAUGGGAUGCAUAUAUAUUACUA